AUGGACACAAUGCAAAAUUAUUCAGAUGAAAUUUUGGAUGAUACGGAACAAAAUGUAUCAAAAUUCCAUUUCAAACUUCUUGAUGCAGUAUCACAGCUUGAUAAAGGCCAAAGAAUAAACAAAGUAGAGAGAAGUGAACCUACAUUAGAAGUAUCAGAAUUUCAUUUAGUGAAAAGUGGAAUAUCUAAUAAAGAUGCAGUUAAAGUACAGGAUUUAGCCAAAGCAUUAGGAAAAAAGAGUCACUAUCUUGAUAUCACUAGAAGUUUGGACUCUACAAAAAAGAAAAUUCAUGUCUUACCAAAACCAUUAGAAAAACCUGCAGCAGAUCAAAUAAAAAGAGUAGUUGGUUUUAAAAAUGCAAAAGAGGAAUUAAAAAAAUGGAAUGCUGUAAUAACAAAGAACCGAAUUGCAGAGUCACUACAUUUUCCUUUAAAUCAGUCAUCAGUACAAUUCGAACAAUCUACAGAAUUUGUUAAAAGAUUUAGGCUUCAAUCAGAUUUAGAGAAAGAACUUGCUGCAUUAGAACCACAAAAAGAGAACAUUGAACAAAAAAAUGAUGAGUUCUCUUUGACAUUACAAGAAAUUGUUAUGAAGAGGAAGGAAGCUGCUAAAAUUAGAGCACAACAAUCUUAUAAAGAAGCAAAGGCUCGUCGUCAAAACAAAAUUAAAAGUAAAAAAUUUCACCGUAUCCAAAAAAAAGAAAAAAUAAAAUUGCAAUUAAAAGAAUUUGAAGAAUUACAAAAAACUGAUCCACAAGCUGCAUUAGAGAAGCUUGAACUGCUGGAUAAAUCUAGAGCUGAAGAACGAAUAUCGUUAAGGCAUAAAAAUACAGGAAAGUGGGCUAAGUCUAAACAAAUUAGGGCCAAAUAUGAUAAGGAAACUCGACAAGAACUUGCACAACAGUUAUCAGUUAGUCGAGAACUAACUCAGAAAUUAAAAAAAGUGAGUGAUAGUGAAGAAGAAGGUGAAGAUGUCAGGUCAUCCGUGCAGCUUUUUGUUAAUGAUAAAGAAAAUCCAUGGAUGGGAAGUGCUAAAACUGCAUCAGAAAUAAAUGAUUUUAUAAAAAGUUAUCGUAAAUAUUGGGAUAAUCAAAAUAAUCUGUUAAAAAAUGAACAAUUGAAUGAUAAUGCUAACAAUAAAAUUGAAAUCAAACAAAGGAAAACUUUAUCAGGGGAUACAAAUCCUCCUAAUGUUUUAAACGACCACAAUACUGAUACUAAUGUAGAUUUGUUUGAACUUCAAAAUAAUGGAAAAAUACCAGACAUAAAGACAGACUUUAAUAAAGAGAUAAUUUCAUCAGCAGAUUUAAAAUCCGUUUCUGUCUCAAAAGACAAAGAAGAUGUAGUAACAGCAAAAUCUGUUGUUAAAAAUGUAAAUAAUGUUUUAUGCAAUAGUAUUGCAAAAAAGACAGUUUCAAAUAAUAAUAGAAAAUCUAAUAAGAAUGUUAAAUUACAGAAAAAAAAUUUAAAUAAUAUUACAGCCACUUCUAGUUGGAAUGUUGAAUUAGUAGAAAAUACUAAUGUACAACAUGUGAUUAAUUCUUUGACAUUCAAUUCUCCAAAUAGCGAAAAAAUAGAUAAGAUAUUUAACUUCAUGGAAGAAAAAAUUCAAGAUCAAAUUAAGUCGAAGCUUGAACAUGUUACACAGAAUUAUGGUAGAAUUAAAAAAAAGAGAAAAUCCAAAUAUCUUAUAUUUAAGGAAGACAAUUUUGAUGGACUUGAAAUUCAAGCUAAGAAACAAAAACCUAUCUUAAAUUCAUCUCUAACUGAAAGCGUUAAUGAAUAUUCCUCGGAGUUAAAUAAUGAAUUGAAAAAUACUGAAUAUGUAAAAUAUGACAACACUUUGUUUACGCAUAAAUUAAACUCGUCUAAAAUAGAAAUAGACCCUAGUAAGUACAUAAAUGUAAAACCUAAGCAAUUAAAUACGGACCUUCCAGUUGAUAUUACUGAUGGUGAUGAAGUUUUGGACGAUAACGAAGAUGAGGAAGAAAGACGUAAUAUAGUAAGCGAAGCGUUCGCUGAUGAUGAUGUCGUAGAAGAGUUUAGAAAAGAAAAAGAAGAGAAGGCACAGGAAUCUCAGCCUAAGGAUAUCGAUUUAACACUACCAGGAUGGGGUGCUUGGGGUGGAAAAAAUAUUAAAGUACCAAAACAUAAAAGAAGACGUUUUAUUAUGAAGGUACCUAAACAUUUACCCUGCAAGGAUGAAAAUAAGAGUAAUGUGAUAAUAUUUGAAGAUGACAAUGCUAAAAUAAAGGAACAUCAGGUUAAUGAGUUGCCACAUCCCUUUAAAAGUGUUAAAGAUUAUGAAGCUAGCAUUAGAAUGCCAAUUGGUAGAAACUUUAUACCUGAAAAUUCUCACAGAAAAUUAAUUGAACCUACUGUUAAAACACGUAUGGGAAAAAUUAUUGAACCAAUGAAUGACGAUGUUUUGAUUAAUAAAAAAGAAAAAAGGCGUCCAAAAUGUAUUUUUAAGAAAAAUAAAAUAAUUAAAGAGAAGAAAGUAAAAUAA